CUUGAGUCUUGCCUGUGAAAAGUCUAUGAACGAAUUUUCUACCUCAGAGAGGGGCUAUUCUUUACAUAAAUCCCACUGAUCAAUCAUGAAUUCUGCAGGGCCUUGAAUUUUAAUAAGCUUGUUUCUGUUAUGAAUCUCAGGGGAGAGAAAUAUGUCAGAUUCAAUGAAAACUCCGACAGAAACUCGAAACGAAAGCUAUUUGGAUUGAGCAAGCCAAGCUUGAGCUCAAUCACAAGUGGAAUAAGAAGAGGAAUCGACACAAGUCGUGAGAGGUUUGGCUCAAUCAAAGCUGGAAUAAGCCGAGGAUUUGUUCAAAGUUUGCCAAGUGGGAAGAAGAGGAGAAUUCUGGAUCCGCAAGGGAAUUUUCUGCAGAGAUGGAAUAAGAUAUUCGUGCUGUCCUGCAUCAUUGCUGUCUCCCUCGAUCCUCUCUUCUUCUACAUUCCUGUCAUCACCCGCGACCAAUUUUGUCUGUCUCUGGAUAGGAAGAUUGAGAUAACUGCUUGCAUUCUUCGUUCGUUAGUAGAUAUCUUGUACAUAUUUCACAUUCUUCUGCGGUUCCGGACUGGGUUCAUUGCCCCCUCCUCCCGCGUGUUUGGGAGGGGUGAGCUGGUGGAGGACUCGAAACAGAUUGCAAAGCGCUACCUCUGCUCCUACUUCAUUGUAGACAUCCUGUCGAUUCUUCCUCUGCCGCAGGUGGUGAUUCUGAUGGUGACCCACAUCGUCAACGGCCCUGUUUCGCGCGUCACCAAGGAGAUGCUCAAGGCCGUUAUCUUCUUCCAGUACAUUCCUAGAAUAUGGCGGAUAUAUCCUUUGUAUCAAGAAGUUACUAGAACUUCCGGCAUCUUUACUGAGACUGCGUGGGCAGGAGCUGCUUUCAACCUCGUCCUCUAUAUGCUUGCUAGCCAUGUGCUAGGCGCGUUUUGGUAUCUGUUUGCAGUGGAGCGCAGGGAGUCGUGUUGGAGCGAUGUAUGUGGGAAGAGCAGUGGUUGCAAUGUGGAUCGUUUAUACUGUUUUGGCAUAAAUGGUGUCAAUAACAUGGAGUUUCUAAACUCAUCCUGCCCGCUACGGGAGCAAAAUGAGUUAAAUUCUAGCGAAUUCGAUUUUGGGAUAGCACUGGAUGCUCUUCAGGCAGGCGUAGCUGAACAUGACUACUUCUGGAGGAAAUUUUUCUUCUGCUUUUGGUGGGGGCUGCGCAAUUUGAGUUCAUUGGGGCAGAACCUGAAAACCAGCACGUUUGUGGGGGAGAUUAUGUUUGCGAUUGCUAUUUCAGUCAUCGGCCUCAUUCUGUUUUCCUUGCUUAUCGGCAACAUGCAGAAGUAUCUGCAGUCAAUCACUACUAGGGUGGAGGAGAUGAGAGUGAAACGCCGCGACGCAGAGCAAUGGAUGUCACACCGCAUGCUCCCUGAGCACCUUCGAGAUCGCGUGAGGCGCUAUGAGCAGUACAUAUGGCAGGAAAACAGAGGCGUCCAGGAAGACUCGUUGAUCCGCAACCUCCCCAAUGACUUGAGAAGGGACAUCAAGCGCCACCUCUGCUGGACUUUGCUCACAAGGGUGCCCAUGUUCGACAAAAUGGACGAGCAGCUUCUAGACGCUCUGUGCUCCCGCUUAAAGCCGGUGCUCUACACCGCGGACAGCAUCAUAAUCCGGGAGGGAGAUCCAGUGGAUGAGAUGCUUUUCAUAAUGAGGGGAAAUAUAUUGACAGUGACCACAAACGGAGGGAGGACAGGGUUCUUCAAUGCAGUGGGCCUAAUGGCGGGAGAUUUCUGUGGGGAGGAGCUCCUGACGUGGGCGCUGGACCCCAACUCCUCGUCCAGCCUUCCCAUCUCAACAAGGACAGUUCGAGCUGUGAAGGACGUGGAGGCGUUCUGCCUGAUGCCCGAUGACUUGAAGAGCGUGGCGUCGCAGUUCAGGCGUCUCCACAGCAAACAGCUGCAGCAUACCUUCAGAUUCUACUCGCAGCAGUGGAAGACUUGGGGGGCGUGCUUCAUACAGGCCGCAUGGCGAAGGCAUUGUAGGAGAAAGAUGGAGAGGGCGGUCAAGGAUGCAAUGGUGCAUGCGCCCAGUUUGGCAGCCACCAUUUAUGCUUCCAGAUUUGCUACAAACAUGAUAGGGAAUUUGAGGCGUGCCCAUCAUGUGCCUUCCCCAACCUUACUGCCUCAGAAACCAUCUGAACCUGAUUUCACUUCCUAAGAUGUUUCUUAUGGAAACUGGACUUCUUACUAAGAAUAGUACUUUCCUAGCUACAUGCAUUUCUUUUAUUUUUAUCAUCUAGUGUUGCUUGCUUCUGUGUAUUGUGCUCAUUUGUGAUUGUCUUCUGUAAAGAGAGUGAACAAAUUGUGCUUCUGUAAAGAGAGUGAACGAAUUGUGCUUAUGUGAAUUGUGACAUCAAAAGCAUCAUUUUCUAUUUUUUA